UGGAACAGAGUACUAUAUUCCUCCCUCAGAAUGAAUGGCGACCAGAAAUUGGAUGUUUAUGACCCAAAAAAGCAUAAUUUCAUCCAGCACUUCUCCCAGAUUGUCAAGGUGCUGACUGAGGAUGACCUGGGGCACCCAGAUACAGGAGGUGCUAUUGCCCAGCUUAAGGAGGUCCUGGAGUACCAUGUCAUUGGAGGGAAGUACCAACGGGGUAUGACGGUGCUGAUAACUUUCCAGGAUCUGGUGGAACCAAGCAAGCAGGAUGCUGAUAGUCUCCAGCGGGCCAUGACUGUGGGCUGGUGUGUGGAACUGCUCCAAGCUUUCUUCCUGGUGGCAGACGACAUUAUGGAUGCAUCCCUCACCCAAUGGGGGCAGAUCUGCUGGUAUCAUAAGCCAGGCAUUGUUUUGGAUGCCGUGAAUGAUGCUCUUCUCCUGGAAGCAUGUAUCUACCGACUGCUGAAGCUCUACUGCCGGGAGCAGCCCUAUUACCUGAACCUGAUGGAACUCUUCCUGCAGACUUCCUAUCAGACUGAGAUUGGACAGACCCUGGACCUCAUUACAGCCCUGCAGGGCAACGUGGAUCUUGACAGAUUCAAUAAAAAGAGGUACAAAUCUAUUGUCAAGUAUAAGACAGCUUUCUACUCCUUCUACCUUCCUAUAGCUGCUGCUAUAUAUAUGGCAGGCAUUGACGGGGAGAAGGAACACGCCAAUGCCAAGAAGAUCCUGGUGGAGAUAGGAGAGCUCUUUCAGAUCCAGGAUGAUUACCUUGAUCUCUUUGGGGACUCCAGUAUGACGGGCAAGAUUGGCACUGAGGUCCAUGACAACAAAUGCAGCUGGCUGAUGGUACAUUUUCUACAAUGGGCCUCUCCAGAACAGUGCCAGAUCCUGCAUGAGAAUUAUGGGCAGAAAGAGGCUGAGAAGGUGGCCUGGGUGAAUGCACUCUACGAGGAGCUGAAUCUGCAGGUCGUGUUUAUGCAAUAUGAGAAAGACAGUUACAGCCACCUUCUGGGUCUCAUCGAGCAGUACUCUUCGCCCCUGUUCCCAGCCAUUUUCCUGAGGCUAGCACAGAAGAUCUACAAGCGGAAAAAGUGAC